UCUUUUUCAACAGGAGAGAAGCCAAGAAGAAAUGUGUCAGUCCGAAGGUAGAGGGAAGAACGUAAGAAGCAAAGCAUCUGGAUUGGAGAAGCUACUUUUUCCACUUGUAUUUUUCUCUCUGAGAGGGAUUUCUGUCACUCUUCUAUGACCGGUUGACUUGUCUGGCUCUCGUACAAACGCAGUGGAGUCAGAUUCGGUAGUUUUUGGCUUUCCAAAGGUGUGUGUGUGUGUGAGAGAGAGAGAGAGAGAGAGAGAGAGAGAGAGAGAGAGAAACAGAGAGAGAGAGAGAGAAAGAGAGAGAGAGGGGACGGCUGGAGUGGAGGGAGGAGCUCCAGUGCUCUGCAUGUCAGGACUCUGUUCAAAUGGUAAAUAGAUGGUCACAUGGGGCAAUCUUAGGUCUUCAGGGAGUGGGGGGGAGAAAAGGGAGGGAAAACAACCAGGAGUGACGAUACAGUGGAGGACUUUGGUCUGUCUGAUGGGCAGGAAGCAGGACUAGUUUAGAGGACGUUUCCAAAUAGAAAGUUUUGGAAUAUUUGCCAUGUUGUGGUGACACUGAAGAUUUUAACACUUUUCAUCAGCCCCCUGAAAGGGUUCUGGACUCUCUUUGGAAAUUAUCCUUUGUGGCAGAGGCGACUUCCAUCAAGCCUCUGCCCACUUUUUCUUCUUCUUUUUUUAUUUAUUUAUUUAUUUAUUUUUUUUUAACAUCGGACACCUGACAGAGGAACCAAGAUGCCCACAAACUUCACUGUGGUAAAAGUUGAGGACACGGGGGAUGGCAGCAACAGUGGAGCUGCGGCUGGAGACGGCAGACCGAUCAGUCUGGACAGAGUCUUCCAGGAAGAGGGGGAUGUUAACAACUCCCAGGAACUGGAGCCAGAUGAUGAAAAUCACAAAGAGUCCACUCCGUUCAUUAACUCAAACAAUAACGAGGACUGCAGCUAUGAAGGCAAAAACAUGGCCCUGUAUGAGGAGGAAAUGGACAGCACCCCCAUGGUAGCGUCUCUUCUCAACAAGUUGGCCAACUACACCAACCUCACCCAGGGCGUCCGUGAGCACGAGGAGGCCGAAGAUGGGGUCAGGAGGGUUGCGGUCAUGGUUCCUCAGAUGGGCACUUUCAUUGGGGUCUAUCUGCCCUGCAUGCAGAACAUUUUAGGCGUCAUCCUCUUUCUCCGCCUGACCUGGAUCGUGGGCACAGCAGGGAUCCUAGAAUCGUUAGCCAUCGUUUCCAUGUGCUGCGUCUGUACGUUACUCACCGCCAUAUCAAUGAGUGCCAUAGCAACCAAUGGAGUUGUACCAGCUGGCGGCUCGUACUACAUGAUCUCCAGGUCGUUGGGACCAGAAUUCGGAGGAGCAGUGGGUCUUUGUUUCUACUUGGGAACCACCUUCGCUGGCUCUCUGUACAUACUGGGAACCAUAGAGAUCCUGCUGAUGUACAUCGUUCCUUUCGAUACGAUGAAAGUAUUAGACGAAAACGACAUGCGUCUCUACGGGACGUGCUGCCUCUUCCUGAUGGCUCUGGUCGUGUUUGUUGGGGUGAAAUAUGUGAACAAACUGGCUUUAGUGUUUCUUUCCUGCGUGGCUCUCUCCAUCAUGGCCACAUACGCGGGAGCCGCCAAGACAUUAAUCGAGCCGCCAGCGUUUAACGUUUGUAUGUUGGGGAAUCGCUCUCUGAAAAACGAAAAGUUCGAUAAGUGCGAAAAGACGGAACUGGUGACGAGCCUUUUCUGCGACCUCAACUCCACCUGCGAUUUCUUCGAAGCCAACAACAUGAGUGAAAUCGUAGCCAUUCCUGGGCUUCUGAGUAACGUCAUCAAAGAAAACUUGUGGAGCAACUAUGAUGACGCCAACGUGAUCAUACAGAAGAAAACGUUCCCCAAAAUGCCUAAAGUCAAAGCUGGAAGCAAAGAUCAGUUUUAUGUCAUCAAUGACAUCACCACAUACUUCACAUUGCUAGUUGGGAUAUACUUCCCUUCUGUCACAGGGAUCAUGGCUGGUUCAAACCGAUCCGGUGAUCUCAGAGACGCUCAGAGAUCCAUCCCAGUGGGAACGAUUUUGGCAAUCCUCACCACUUCUUUCCUCUAUAUCUCCUUUGUUUUUUUGUUUGGAGCCUGCAUCGAAGGAGUGGUGCUGAGAGACAAGUUUGGUUUCUCAGUGAAAACGAUGCCAGUGAUUGGUGUUCUCGCCUGGCCGUCCCCAUGGGUGAUUGUGAUUGGCUCGUUUUUCUCUUGCUGCGGCGCGGGGCUGCAGAGCUUGACUGGCGCCCCCCGUCUGCUGCAGGCCAUCGCCCGCGACGGCAUCAUCCCUUUCCUACAGGUCUUUGGUCACGGGAAGAGAAACGGAGAGCCCACCUGGGCUCUUUUGCUCACCGUGGGGAUUUGUGAGAUUGGGAUCCUUAUUGCCUCUCUGGACAAAGUGGCCCCCAUCCUGUCCAUGUUCUUCCUCAUGUGCUAUCUGUUUGUCAACCUGGCCUGUGCCGUUCAGACGCUGCUCCGGACUCCCAACUGGAGGCCACGCUUUAAGUUCUAUCACUGGACUUUGUCCUUCUUAGGCAUGAGUCUCUGUCUCUCCCUCAUGUUCAUCUGCUCCUGGUAUUACGCCAUCGGUGCCAUUUUGAUCGCUGGCUGUAUUUACAAAUACAUCGAAUACAGAGGAGCUGUGAAGGAGUGGGGCGACGGGAUCAGAGGUCUGUCCCUAAACGCCGCACGCUACGCUCUCAUUCGCCUGGAGGAAGCGCCGCUGCAUACCAAAAACUGGAGACCACAGCUGUUGGUGUUGUGCAAACUGAACUCUGACCUGAAAGUGAAGCAUCCCCAUCUCCUGUCCUUCACCUCACAGCUUAAAGCCGGCAAAGGACUCACCAUCGUCGGCUCGGUCCUGGAGGGAACCUACAUGACGCGCAAGGCGGACGCCACCGCUGGAGAGCAGAACAUGAAAGCAGCCAUGGCUGCGGAGCGGACCAAGGGCUUCUCCCACGUCAUUGUGUCGUCCAGCCUGCGAGACGGUUUCUCCAUUCUGAUCCAGUCAGCGGGACUGGGAGGAAUGAAACACAACGCCGUCCUCAUGGCUUGGCCCUCAGGCUGGAAGCAGGCCAGAGACUCCCUGGCUCAAAGGAACUUCAUAGAGACGGUGAGAGAGACGACGGAAGCCCACCAGGCUCUGCUGGUCGCGAAGAACAUCGACCGUUUCCCCGACAACCACGAGCGUCUGAAGGAGGGAGCGAUUGACGUGUGGUGGAUCGUCCACGACGGCGGGCUUCUCAUGCUGCUGCCCUUCCUGCUGAUGCAGCACAAGGUGUGGAGGAAAUGCAAAAUGCGAAUCUUCACGGUGGCGCAGCUGGACGACAACUCCAUCCAGAUGAAAAAGGACCUGCAGGUGUUUCUGUACCAACUGCGCCUGGACGCAGAGGUGGAGGUGGUGGAGAUGCAUGACAGUGACAUCUCGGCUUUCACAUACGAGAGGACUCUGAAGAUGGAGCAGAGGUCCCAAAUGCUGAAAGAGAUGCACCUGUCCCGCACCGAGAGGGAGAGAGAGGCCCAGCUGAUUCACGACCGGAACACGGCAUCUCAUUUUGCAACCAACGACAAAGCAGCCGGCGCCACGCCCGAGCACGUCCACAUGACGUGGACCAAAGACAAGCUGCUGAACGAGAGGAACAAGCACAGAGAAGGCAUGGCAGUGAAGGACAUGUUCAACAUGAAACCUGAGUGGGAGAAUCUCAACCAGUCGAAUGUGCGGCGGAUGCACACAGCUGUGAAGCUGAAUGAGGUGGUGAAGAAGAAAUCCAAAGACUCCCAGUUGGUCCUGCUCAACAUGCCGGGCCCACCGAGGAACAAGAAAGGCGACGAGAACUAUAUGGAGUUCUUGGAGGUUUUAAUGGAAGGCCUGGACCGUGUGCUGCUGGUUCGUGGAGGAGGUCGGGAGGUCAUUACCAUCUACUCUUAGCGUCUAGUUGCUCUCAUUCAUUUCACAUUUGGAGGAAACAUGACGGCGCAGUGGGAAACCAGGCUGGAGGUUAACAAACGCCGCGGCAGUAAUGCUGGGACAAAUCUCUCCUUCCACACUGCCGCAGACAGAAGAAGUCGGUGUUUCAGUGUUGCAGUCCUGCUGUAAGGGGAGCGGGACUUGUCUGCUUGUACAGAAAGCUCUCCAUCGCUCCUCACCUUGUUGCUGUUUUCACUCUGCCAUCAUGUGGCCACACUGAAGAAAAAACGUCCUGCAUGCUUUCGGAAAGAACUGACCUUUCACAUGGACGGCGUCUGAUCCAGCAACGACCGUUUUCCUGGAGAAGAACAUCUUGCUGUCUGCAUCCACCAUCAGCUACUACAGGUUCACAGUGAAAUGGAGGCUAAACAAACACUUAUUAUUUAUUUCAGAGCCAGUUUCAGAUGUAUUUGGAACCUUUUUCAGACCAUUUAGUUUCUCAAAAAAAUUAUUAAUCUCACAAAAGGUUUUCAUUACGGAAAACGCAUUCAAAAGUGUUGAUGACGAGCUAAUCAAUAGUUUGGAUUUGUCGAUUCUCUGAGGUUUUUGUUGCCUUUUCUGACUGUCUUGUCUUUAUGACCAAGUAACAAAAUGAAAAUGCAGCGUAUGCAUUUCUUCUCCUGUAUAUUAGCAAAUCUUUUUAGACGCAUUUUGUUAGAAAGCCACUUGACUCAUUGGUAGAUACUCUUCAUGUUUUAAGUUAAUUUUAUUCAAUAGUUUUUUGUCCUUAAAACUGAAGUUUUUCUGUAACGAGUGCAUUUUAGGAUUUUAAACAAAAUAACUACAAUUUUAAAAUGUAAUGUCAGUCUUGGUAAAGUCUGUGUUUCUAUGUAUUAAAUUUUAAAAUUUUUUCGCAUCAUUUUCUGUCAUUCCCAGCAGGUGGCCCGAUCCUGUCGGGACAAGAACUGGAUUGUUGUCAAAUCUUUACGUAACCGGCCUGGGCUCAGUCUCCAGAAAUCAAUUUAAUCCUAAAAUAAUUAUUGUUUGUUUGGAUCACAAAGGAGCAAAGGGAAAACGUCAGAGCUGGCAGCAGACUUGGUCAGGGGAUAAAUGGCUUCCUGUUUGCCUCGGAGAGCGGUUAGCUGGGUCAGCGCGCACAAAGCGACAAUAGCAACCUACACAGCUACAUGCCGUGAUCGCUGUCUCAGUAACGGCCCGACAACUGGCCUGUCAAACUGUGGAUCCGUGGCGAAGGUUACGAGAAAAGACGAAGUUUGACACUUUGUUCUCGUGCCAUUGAAAAUGUUAGCCUAUAAAACCAGAAAAGGCACAAAAGUCAUGAAAUAAAACGGAGUUUAUGUCUCAUGAAAAACGAAAACGGUAAAAUGAUGGGUUCUCUGACUGGAAAAGGUUUUAUGAACCCAAGCAUUCCUGCUUGUUGCUUUUGUUUUGUGACUUCAACCACAAACACAGAAGUGUAAAAAGAAAAAGUGUAAAGUAUACCAUCUAAUGGCAAUUUUAAAAUAUUUAAUUAAAAUUAUAUGAAACCAUUUUUCCUUGUACAGCAUAAAACACGUACUGUUUUAUUUCAUGACUAUAAUGAGCAUUAUAGUGCUCAUUGUUUCUUAAUGUAACAUUUCUUAAUGUUAAAUUAAGAAAUGUUACAUUUCUUAAUGUUACAUUAAGAAAUGUAACAUUUCUUAAUGUAACAUGCAAAACUGAAUGCAGCAUAAAAUGGGUCUGAAUGAUGGCAAGUUACUGUGAAAAUAAAUGUCUAAAUAACU